CAACUUUUGAUUGGUACAGUCUGUGUGUGCGUGCACAUGUUUGUUAACUCCUUUCUCCUCUACUUCAGGUGUGUUUGAACUGAUGUCCUUGGUGAUCUCUGGGAUGAAAUCUAUAAUGGACAGAAAUGAGGACUUUACAUUUCUUAAAAGCAUGAUCAUGGAAAGGAGAUUCCAUCUACUGGUCAAGAUCCAUGCGAGGUUGAGGCGGUUUGGAUCAAGGAAUCCUGUCCCGGUCCGGGAUAACGCAAAGAGUCUGGCCUGUAACUUGGCUGAGGAGCUGUGGACUCAAGUGGCUAGUGCUGAAUGUUCAGAGUUGAUCAGCCUGCUCUCCAACCCGCACAUCAAGGGCCUUCUCUCUGUUCACGACAUAGUAGCACAGAAAGGUUAUGACCCUGAGCUGCCACCCCUACCUGAUAACAUUGAAGAAGAGGAUGAGGACUCUGUGAAGAUUAUAAGCCUGUUCAAAAGCCAGGAGCCACUGGGGGCCACCAUAAAGAGAGAUGAAUCCACUGGAGCUAUAGUUGUAGCAAGGAUCAUGAGAGGGGGUGCUGCAGACAGAAGUGGUCUGAUUCAUGAGGGCGAUGAGCUAAGGGAAGUCAAUGGAGUCCAAAUGGAGGAUAAGACACCGGAGGAAAUCAUUCCUAUUAUGGCUCAAUCGCAGGGAGAGGUGACGUUUAAAGUGAUACCGGUACCUGGCAUCAAGGAAGAGCUGUCAGCCAAUGAGACUAUGUUAUUUGUACGGUCGCUCUUUGACUACAAUCCCGAGGAGGACCCUGCCAUCCCCUGCAGACAGGCAGGGCUGGGCUUCAAGAGGGGGGACAUCCUUCAGAUCGUUAACCAGGAGGACGACACCUGGUGGCAAGCCUGUCGUCAUGGUGACAGCAACUCCCGAGCAGGACUCAUCCCCUCCAGGCAACUUCAGGAGAGGAGAGUCGCUCUCCAGCGGCCCAAAGCCUUAUUUAAACCUCAGAGAGUCCCAAACAAAGUGACAGUGGUGGAGGAUGCAGACUAUGGAGCUAUUACAGGAAUCCACAUCGCUGGUCUGAGAAGGAGUUUCCGGCUGGGCAGGAGGGGCGGUAGGAGUGGGAAUGUUGAGUCUAAAAGGAAGAGCCAGGAGAUGGGAGGAGCCACACAGACACCCACCUACCUGGAAGUGGCACCGUACUGCAGGGAGCAUAAAGAGGGACGUCGGCUGGUCCUGCUGGUUGGUCCCAGUGGAGUUGGGCUGAGUGAGAUGAAGAGGAGACUCCUGCUCUCUGACCCUGACCACUAUGGUGUCACUGUUCCACACACCACCAGAGAGAAGAGGAAGCAGGAGAAAGAUGGGGUAGAGUACCACUUUGUCUCAAGGCAGACGUUUGAAAUGGACAUCGUCAACCACAAGUUUUUAGAGUAUGGGGAGCACAGAGGGAACUACUACGGGACCAGUCUGGAGUCAGUGCACAAGGUCAUAGGGGAGGACAAGGUGUGCCUACUGGAUGUGCAGCCUAAUACUGUACAGCGCUUACACACAACCGAGUUCAAACCAUGUGUUGUUUUUGUGAAGCCACCAUCGAUUCAGGAGCUACGUUUUAGCCGGAGGAAAGCUACAUUAAUUUCCACCCAAGAUAUGACGAAACUGACAAAGACAUUUUCGGAAGAGGACUUUGAAGAUAUGAUUAGCUCAGCAGAAGCCAUGGAUAGCCAGUACGGCCACCUGUUUGAGAUGGUCGUCGUCAAUGGCGAUUUCGCCAUGGCAUUCAACAAACUGAGGGCGGAGCUGGAAAAGCUUGAGACGGAGGCGCCUCAGUGGAUUCCUGUGGAGUGGACCAGUCAUACCAAACAGAACACAGAGAGUGUGUGCUGAACACACUAGGAGGCUGGUUAUGCAUGUCUAAUUCACACUCACAGGAGGCUGCUGAGGGGAGGAUGGCUACUAAUAAU